AUGGCCUCACGAAAACUCAACGUGCUGGUCUACACCGGCACCGGCACGACCGUAGAGUCGGUCCGCCACUGCAUCUACACCCUCCGCCGCCUCCUAUCUCCCACCUACGCCGUCAUCCCCGUCGCAGAGUCCGCCCUGCUCAAGGAGCCCUGGCAGCCCACCUGCGCGCUCCUCGUCAUCCCCGGCGGCGGCGAUCUCGGCUACUGUCGCGUCCUUAACGGCCCCGGCAACCGCCGCAUCGCCGAUUUCGUCCGCCGUGGCGGCGCCUACCUGGGUUUCUGCGCCGGGGCCUACUACGGCAGCCGUCACUGCGAAUUCGAGGUCGGCAACCGCACGCUAGAGGUCGUCGGGCCCCGCGAGCUCGCCUUCUUCCCAGGCACUUGCCGCGGCGGGGCGUUCAAGGGGUUCGAGUACCACAGCGAGAGGGGCGCGCGGGCCGUGCGGUUGCGCGUGAAGGAGGGCUUCGGGGUCGGCGAGGUGUUGAGCUAUUACAAUGGCGGCGGCGUCUUUGUCGAUGCCGACAAGUUUGACGACGUCGAGGUGCUGGCGUCGUACGCUGACGACAUCGCCGUCGAUGGCGGAAGCGGCCGGGCCGCCGUGAUUUCCUGCAAGAUCGGCUCUGGCAAUGUCAUUUUGACCGGCCCUCACCCUGAGUUCGCUGCUGCAAACCUCCACCCACAACCGCAGAUCCCCUCCUACGAAUCCCUUACCUCUUCCCUCGCCGCCGCCGACCCUGCACGUGUCGCCUUCCUCCGCGCCUGCCUCUCCAAGCUCGGCCUCGAUGUCAGCGCUGGCCCGUCCGCGCCGCUGUCCCUCUCGCGCAUGCAUCUGACAUCGGCGAACCACGCCGAGGUGGCCGAGACCCUGGCCUCGUGGGAGGAGGCCAUCUCGCGUGAAGGCGAGGGCGCGGACGUUGAGGAGUACAUCCGCGGCGAGCACGACGUGUUCCGCAUCGAGAAGCACUCUUCGCGGUGGGACGUCGACGAGCUGAGGGGUGCGCUGCCGGACGGCAAGGAGGCAGCCAUGAUUGAUUACGACGGGGUCGUUAAGGUCAUCGUGCCGCACGAGGAGGCUUGGCCUGACGCUAAAGAGACGCCGAGCUUCAACCACAGGCUGUUCUAUAACUCGCUCAAGACGUACCGUGUGAAGGAGCCUGCAGCAGAGGACUGGGGUGACACCCUCAUGUACGGUGAGGUCGUCACCAGCACUAAUACCCUCCUAGAUAAAAACCCCAAGCUUCUCGCCCAUCUCCCGACUGGCUUCACGCUCACGGCCACGACUCAGGUCGCCGGCCGCGGCCGUGGCACCAACGUCUGGGUCUCGCCCGCGGGCUGCCUCAUAUUCUCUACCGUCAUCAACCACCCGGCACACCUGGCUGCCUCGCAUCCCGUCGUCUUCAUCCAGUACCUCGCCGCCAUCGCCAUCGUCGAGGCCGUCAAGUCCUACGACGACGGCUGCGGGGACGUUCCCGUGAAGCUUAAGUGGCCCAACGACAUCUACUGCCGCGACCCGAACACGCCCGCGACAGAACCGCCCUCGUAUGUCAAGAUUGGCGGCAUCCUCUCCAACUGCGCCUACUCCCAGGGCGCCUACCAGAUCGUUCUCGGCAUCGGCAUCAACACGACAAACACCCGCCCGACGACAUCGCUAAACGCCAUCGCGCCGGCGUCGCUCGCGGGUGGGUUCCACCUCGAGGCGCUCCUCGCGCGGAUCCUCACGCGCCUCGAGGCGCUGUACAAGCAGUUCCGCCGCGAAGGCUUCUCGCGCGACCUCGAGGAGCGGUACUACGCGCACUGGCUUCACGGCGGGCAGCACGUCACGCUCGAGGCGGAGGCGGGCGCGCGGGCCAAGGUGGUGGGCAUCACGAGGGACUGGGGCAUGCUGAAGGCCGUCGAAGUCGACUCGGCGGGGAGGGAGACGGGCAGGAUGUGGGCGCUACAGAGCGAUGAGAACAGCUUCGACUUCUGGAAGGGCCUCAUCAAGAGGAAGCUGUAA